AGAUAUCAAUUUUUAUUUCAGUAAUCACAGAUAAAGGCAUAUUUUAAUAGAUUAGAAACGACGUAGACAAAUCUCAGUUGUUAAAUUCUGACUCUGUGAUCUCAAGAAAUCCGCAACCAUGCCAAGGUUUGAAUCAAUGGACGGCUUUGAACAUAGCAUUCAAAAACCAUCAACCAGAAAGAUAUGGAUUAUUGCUAUAAUUUUAGCCAUAGUGGCGUUUGUGAUAGGUAUUUUACUAGGACGGUAUGCCAUUUGUAGCACAUCUUCCGAGUCAUCAAGUGUUACAGAAGCCCCGCAGAAAGAUGGUGUAUUUCUCCCUGGUGUGCCUGAUUCUCUUAUACAAGAUGCUGAAUUAUCAAUUAGAGAUACUCUGUUAAAGAGUAUAGAUAAUAAAAACAUAGAAAAGUAUCUAAGUCGGUUAACAGAAAAGCCCCACAUUGCUGGAUCUGUUGAGGAUGAAGACCUGGCAGAAUAUAUCAGACAAUUCUGGUUAGAUGUCGGUUUUGAUGAAGUUCAGAUGGCACCAUACGACAUUCUCUUGUCAUAUCCUGAUAUGGACAACCCUAAUUUUAUUGAGGUAUUGGAUGGAUCUGAACAAAUUAUCUAUAGAACACCGAUAGAAGAAGAUGUUUUAACACCGGGCAAGAAUAAUACCGAAGGAAUACCACCUUUUAAUGCUUAUUCUCCUAAAGGUAUUGUGGAGGGCAAUUUAGUAUAUGUUAACUAUGGUAGAGUAGAAGACUAUAUAGAACUACAGAAAGCAGGAAUAAAUGUUACUGGAUGUGUAGCCAUAUCUAGAUAUGGGAGAAUAUUCAGAGGCUCUAAGGUAGACAUAGCACAGAAACAUGGUGCCAUAGGUUUGAUCCUGUUCUCAGAUCCAUCAGAUUAUGCCGUAGACGGACAAAAUGUUUAUCCAGACGAUUGGUGGCUACCAGGAUCCGGUGCUCAAAGAGGAACUAUUUUUACUGGUGGUGGUGACCCCUUAACACCCGGAUAUCCUGCAACAGAAUAUGCAUAUCGUUACGGAGAAUCGGAAGUUAAACCUCCUCUGCCUAAGAUACCAGCUCAUCCAAUAGGUUAUACUGUAGCUAGAGAACUUUUGAUAAAUAUGACAGGAGACGAAGUUCCUGAUAAGUGGAGAGGUGGAAUAAAUAUAACUUAUAGAUAUGGACCGGGUUUUAUUGAUAAUAACUGGAAAAUAAGAAUGAAUAUCUCGACUACAAAUGUUCGUAAAAACUCUACAAAUGUCAUUGGUUUUAUCAAAGGGAAAAUUGAACCAGAUAGAUAUAUACUGUUUGGCAAUCAUCGUGAUGCCUGGGUUUAUGGUGCCAUAGAUCCCUCUAGUGGAACAGCUGUUAUGAUGGAGACUUCUAGAGCUUUAGCUGCCUUAGUGAAAUCAGGAAAAUGGAGACCAAGAAGAUCUAUUGUCUUCUGUAGUUGGGCAGCUGAAGAAUAUGGGUUAAUAGGAUCGACAGAAUGGGUUGAGGAAUAUAUAAAGAAUUUAAAAGAGAGGGCAGUAGCUUACUUGAAUAUAGACAUUUCAGUUGAAGGAACAGACACACUUAGAUCUAAAACAACGCCAUUAUUGUAUAGAGCUGUAUACGAAGCAACAAAAAUGGUAGAAAAUCCCAACCCAGAAGAAGUUACAGCAGGAAGGAAGUCAGUGUAUGAUACAUGGUUAUAUAACAGACCUUGGACUAUAAACAAUCAAUCUCAUAAUCUACCACAAAUGGAGUCGAUGGGUUCUGGUAGUGAUUACGCACCGAUUUUACAGAGAGCAGGAGUAACUUCAGUUGAUUUUAGAUAUACUUAUGAUAAGAAAGCUUAUAACAUAUCCGGUUAUCCUCUGUAUCAUUCACAGUAUGAAACUUUUUAUGCCGUAAAAAAUAUCAUCGAUCCUGAUUUUGAGUAUCAUGGAGCAGUUGCUAAAGUUGGUGUUGAAUUAGCCAGGAGUUUAGCAGACUCUUUAAUUAUACCAUUCAAUGUUUCUGAUUAUGCCUGGUCUUUGGAAAACCUUCGAGUAGCUUUUGAUAAGGAAAAUGGAGAUAAAAUGAGAGCCAAGAUAGAAAAUUAUGAUGAUUUAGAGAAAGUAAUUCAACAUUUUGAUAGAGCGGCAGACGAAUUUGGAGAACGAAUGAAAAAUGUGGAUAAAAAUAAUCCUAUACUAACGAGACUAAUAAAUGACCAGUUGGUUCUACUGGAAAAAGCCUUUUUAGAUCCAGCUGGAUUACCUAUGAGACCUUUAAAAAAACACAUGGUUAUAGCCGAGAGUGCGUACGAUUCGUAUGCCUCUAGCAGUUUUCCCGGUCUAGUAGAUUUAUUGUUUGAAAUUGAGAAAGCUACCGAUCCAGAUAAACGUUGGGAACAGAUUAAACAACAUUUUGCAGUUAUAUUACAUACAAUUCUAUCAGCGGCCUCAACGCUUCGCGAUGUUACAGCUUUUCAUACGUAAAUUUAGUGUUACAAAUGUGAUAAUUUGAAAUUUGAGACGUGGCCCUAACAUAAAGCAUCUUACUCGUGAAGUGCUUGUCUCAGAACUGGUGGUAUCUGACAGAAUCUAAUCAAUCUCUGUAUGUUUACAUUCCUGUUACGUAAUCCUUCCUAAAUCAUUUAACCCUAUAUUAACAAUGCGAUUAACAAUGCUGAUUUAUAUUUCAACAAGUAGGCCUAAAUAAAACACAGAUCUUUUUGAUUUU